CAGCAGGUGUUUUUGUGUGCGUGCGUGCAGACAGGUCUGUGGAGGGGGCGUGGCUUAUAAACUACCUGCAGCAGGUAAGGUUCGGGUUACCUGCAGCGCUCCAGUCUCUGCUCCGCUUUGGAAGAACAUAAUUCAGUGUUUGCUGAUGAGUUUGUUCACUUAUCGCUCAGCCGGUCAGGAGCCCAGAGUCGCAGAGCGGAGAUCAUCCACCCGCAGGUAAAGGUCACAUGAUGUUGAAAUGCCUGGCAUAGACCUGCCCACCUCGGAACGCCACAGCAGCAUCACCCCAAACCCUGCAGGAAGUGGUGUUGUACCCGGAGAUGAAGUGAGUGACACGGAGCACCUCCUGGAUCUGUACCAGUGCCGGCUUCCUGUCCACUCGUCUCCAGUGGAGCUAAAGGAGGAAAUGCAGCGAGUCGACAGCAGCUGGAGCCAAGAUGGAGACCUGCAGGACUGUGGACAGUUGGAGAGGAGAUGGCUGCUCUGGCAUGAGUUUAUGAAGGAGUACGACCACUUGGAUGCUUGGCUGAGAUUGGCCGAGGAGGCCGUCUCUUCCCCAAACUCCGUCCACGUUACCUACCAGACCGCCAAGGAGGAAAUGAAGAAGUUUGAGAGGCUGCGGCGAGAGGCGGGGCCUCGCCUCAUCCAGCUGGACAGCCUGACACGGAGGAAUCGAACACUAACUCGGCUCUUCCAGGGUACCAUGCAGGCUCGGCUGCUGUCAUCGGCGAGGGAGUGCGGCCGCCGCUGGGAUGACGUGAGCGCCAAACUGCAGUCAAUCACAGGCCAACUGCAGCUCUUUGUCUCAGAGUGGGAGGCGUUUGAUGCACAAAGGGAGGAGCUUGCAGUUUGGUUGGCUGACAUGGAUGUCCGCCUGAUCGAGGUUGAGCAGCUGACAGGAAACGCCUGUGAAAAACUGAGACAGCUGCAGUCGUUUCAGGAGUGCGUGUGCGAGAAUUCGGGGCGUGUGAACGCCCUGCUGCAGCGCGGCGAAGCGUUGAUCCAGCACAGUGUGCCUUCUGACGCUCAGCACGUCGAGAGCCAGCUGCUGGAGCUGCUGCAGCAUUGCAGCCACGUCUACAACAACAUUGGACGAACACACACGCGGCUGCUCAGCAUGAGACUGGUGUUUGAGGACGACUGCAUCCUGUCCCAGGCUACAGACUCUGGUUGUCCUUCGGAGAGUCUUUUAGAAGAUGAGGGAACAGCUGAAAAGCAAAAUGUGGACCUCCCCGCAUCGUCAAACCAUCCUAAAGACCCUCCCUCACCCAUUCACCAUCCUCCUCCUCCAUCCUCUCCUACCCAUGAGCACCUGGGGCUGGAGUGGGACCCGUCAGUUGACAUUGGACGCUCUGUCUCCCGUGACGACGCCGACUCAUCGUAUUUCAGUGCCAGCACAGGUUUGAAGAGGUGGAGCUACCUGAGUUCCUUUGACUCUCGGUCUGACAUCAGCGCCGACAUCGGGAACCAGGAGGGAGACUUGGAAUGGCUUGAUCACACUCAGCUGGGCUUCUCGCCUGUCGCAGACCAAAAGGCAGAAGCUCUGGGCUGCAGGGACCAGUGGAAGACCUCGACUCCCGACCGACAGGACGGCGAACCGGUUGACUUUGAUGGAGGCCGCGUGCAGGCGUGGCUGAGAGUCCAGAGUGCCGCUUUGCCAGAGAGGAGCACGUCCUGUUCAAAAGAAGUGCAGACUGAUGGGAGGCUGAAGAUGUCGCAGGGUUGCAUGGAUGAAAACCACGCUGAUGCAUCCAGCAGCAGCCAUGGCUGCCACGAUGACACACGGCGGCUUUCACCGUCAGAUCACCUGAAUUUAAAGGCCAGCUCUGAUAGGAUGAGGAACCACUAUCAGUCACAAGCACCGGAGGAAGAGGAGCUGUACUGCUGUGAGGAACCCGAGCGUCUCAUCUCUGAACAAAGUGUUCCCCGUGUGACCUCCAGCAGCAGCAGCGGGGCUGCUUCCUCGCUCUCCCCCACCCUCCUCUGCCUCCUCCUGGCUGCAGCACUGGUUCUGCUGGCCUGUCUGGCCUGGGUCUUCGCAGAGCAGCCAUGUCACCGCAGCAACACGAUGGCCCGUACCUGCCACCUGACACUGAGAUACGUCAACGGACCCCCGCCUACCUGAGUGCCAGUGGAAACGCUUUCUUGUGGCUCUUCAGGACAGAGGUUUGCAGCUUGCUGUGAGCAGUUCAAACAGCAAUAACUUGAAACAAGACCACAAAAACAAUCAGGUCUUCUGCUAGAAGAUGGAAGAAAGUCUGUAUACAAUGAUACACAGGAUGCACCGAAUGUUGGAGAUCUUCUCACUCUGAAGUCUGACUUGCAGGGACCUCACAUUUUGUAAAAAUGAUAUGGGAGAGGUUUAUAUAUCCACGGUGAUGUCCUCAAACUGUGCUAAUGUUAAAAUGCAGCUUACAAACUGACCUCCCCCCUCACUACAUGACGGUAUAUAAUUUUGCCAUUUAUAUCAAAUAUUUGUAGUAUUUUGUACUUCAUAGUCCACGUCUGCCUGUGACGGUACUUUCCUAAUUCACUUUGUACAGUGUUGCAUGUUUUACAGGAAAAUGCUUCACUUUGAGUGAACAUCAGCGUUUGUGUCCAAGCUCAUGACCGAGAGUGACGUUGAAAUUUUUCUAAACCUAAAUUUUUCUAAAGACUUUAAACGGGGCCGGGUUCUAUUUUUUGUGUGUAAUAAGACUUUAAACCAGAAGGUGGCGCACUGAGGUAAAGACGUCCCAAAAAUAGUCGCGCUAAUCCGACUUAUUCUGGAUUCGUUAGAGUUCAUCCUUCAGAAUAGUUAAAAGAAAAUACGAUUGAAAAGAUGACAGUUUGACAGCAACAAUGAAACCUUCUGCUCAACGUGCUGCCACCUUGUGGUGGAAUAUUUUCAUUACAAUUUAGAAAAAGUAUGUUUUGUUUCUAAGGUUUCAGACUUCUGUGAGAAUCAAACUGUAGAGCCCAUCUUUGGCCCUGUUGGUACCUGACAUCCAGCAUCUCUGUUGAUUUCCAAGUUCAGAGCUGUUCUCACGCACUAAAACCUGGUUACUCAGACCAUCUUUGAAGGUGGUCUGGGCAACACUGAAGGACCACCUACACAGCUCACAGCUCUGCUAGUCUACCGAGCUAUGUGGGGCCGGGUUGCAAACCAGGACCCGUGCAGGACUCUGGCAUCUGGUCUUUGCAAACAUAAAGAAAAUGUAGGGAGAGACAUCCUGGAAGAACUGGUCCCCUCAUGUUCUUGGAGCUGUGGAUGCACAUUAAUGAGAGGUGUAAACAGGGCCUGUGGAAGUCAACAUGGUGUCUGUUUAAACAGAGAGACGAGCUUUGACUGACCGGCAGUCAUGUUCUGCAGAGGUAUGUGAAGCACUCACACAUUAGAAGAAGUGAGCAUGUUUUCAGUAUGAAGAGCUGUUUGAUGCCAUGUGUGAGUCUGAGUUCAGCACAGCUUCCUAAAUGUUUGAGGGAAAAGUCAUUUUCUGUUGCUGUCAUGAGCUACAUAAUUAUGAGAUCAUGUGUUUUUAAAGCUUUAAUGUGUUGGCAAAAUAACUGUAAAACUGACGUUUGUAUUGGUCGCCUGCCACCUCAUACAUUUCACUUUUUUUAUACAAGAAUAAUUCUUGAUGUGUUGUUGAAUAUUUGAAAAAAGCCUUUUUCUCCAAUGAAAUGUCAUUUUUUUAUAUAUAUAAAUGUGUUA